GGCGGAAGCGGCGGCGGGGCCGGGGCGGUCAGUGUCGCCGUUCGCCUCCCUCCUUCCGUCCCUUCGAUCCCCUCCGCCGCCAUGGCGGAACCCGGACGGCCGCAGCGGAAGCUGUCCCGGGUCGGGGAGAGUCUCUACCGGGUCCUCGGCCUGCAAAAAGGCAGCUCCCCCGAGGAGAUCAAACGGGCCUACCGGAAGCUGGCCCUCAAGUACCACCCGGACAAGAACCCCGACGACCCGGCUGCCGCCGAGCGGUUCAAGGAGAUCAACAGCGCCCACGCCACGCUGAGCGAUGAGGACAAGCGGCGGCUCUACGACCAGUACGGCUCGCUGGGGCUGUACGUGGCCGAGCAGUUCGGGGACGAUGCCGUUAAGCACUACUUCCUCAUGUCCAAGUGGUGGUUCCGGGCCUUGGCCCUGUGUUGUGGCGUUCUUACCUGCUGCUGCUGUUGCUGCUGCUGCUUCUUUUGCUGCGGGACAUGCUGCCCGCCGAAGGAGGACGAGUCCUACAAGUAUGUAGACCCCAAGGACCUGGAGGCGCAGAUGAAUGUAGAGGACAGUGGUCAGCAGAUACCCAUGGUGUCACAACCCCACCCUGCCAGCGGGGAGCCCUUGCCAGAUGUUAGCACCAGGACCAACGCCUGAGGCUGGCCUUGGUCCUGCCAGCUCCUCCAGGCCUCAGGGCUGGGAUCCUCCUUUAGGACUGUCACUUUCCGGGACCCCGGUCACACCACCGGGACUGGCUCGCCAGCGUCGCGGUGGUUAGAAUCUCAGGUUGUUUUAGCCAGCAUCAAUGCAGGGGCUCUUCUGGCCCUGCUCAAGCUCUGGGGCAAUGCCCCUGUCUCCCAGCACUGGUAGUGGAGGUGGCCUGGAGCCUGUUCUGCUGCACCCCAUCCCCAGUGCCUCCUCGCCUGCUGCUGUGCCGUUGCCUGGCAUCAGACACCAGCCUGGCAGCUGCAGGCACAGACCUCUCCAGGCCAGGCUCUGUCACUCGUGAGACCGUCAGCACUGUAAUCUCUGGCGCUGGGCUGAGCCCGCUGCCCAACCUCACAGGGACCCUCCUAAUGGGUGCUGGGUGCCAAAUGCUGCUGGUGGGGUUGGGGUGCCGCCUUCUGUGCCCCUGUCCUCUCUGCCCUGCCACAGCCCCGGGCACUGGCUGCACCCUCUGCUCGCUGCUGCUGCUGGCCGGCUCCCUGCAGGGCUGGGCCCAGCACAGGCACUUUCCUUGGGUUCAUGUAGGUUUUUUGGCACCAUUAAAAGGUGACGAGAGGAGAA